AUGGCGUGCGGGGCGACGUUGAAGCGGCCCAUGGAGUUCGAGGCGGCGCUGCUGAGCCCUGGUUCCCCGAAGCGGCGGCGCUGCGCCCCUCUGCCCGGCCCCACUCCGGGCCUCAGGCCCCCGGACGCCGAGCCGCCGCUGCUUCUCCACUCGCAGACCCCACCGCCGACUCUGCAGCAGCCCGCCCCGCCCGGCAACGAGCGGCGCCUUCCAACACCGCAACAAAGUUUUCAGAACAUAAAGCAAGAAUAUAGUCGUUAUCAGAGGUGGAGACAUUUAGAAGUUGUUCUUAAUCAGAGUGAAGCUCGUACUUCGGAAAGUCAGCCUCAUUCCUCAGCACUCACAGCACCUAGUUCUCCAGAUUCCUCCUGGAUGAAGAAGGACCAGCCCACCUUUACCCUCCGACAAGUUGGAGUAGUAUGUGAGCGUCUCUUAAAAGACUAUGAAGAUAAAAUUCGGGAGGAGUAUGAGCAAAUCCUCAAUACCAAACUAGCAGAACAAUAUGAAUCUUCUGUGAAAUUCACACGUGAUCAGAUUAUGCGACGGUAUGGGACAAGGCCAACAAGCCAUGUGUCCCGAAGCUUUCUUGCAUAUCUGGGUACCAGGUUUGACCUCAAGAGAUGACUGCUGUACACUUUUUGCAACUGGUUUGAUACCACAUUUCAGCUACAACUUUGCAUCCUGAGAACACUUAAACGUUUCUGCAGGUCCAUUUUAUACAACUUGAAAGACCUUAAAACUUUCUGGUUGCCACAAGCAUAUCUCUCUUUUCUGCUCAUCCAGUAA